AAAUACAGGCCAUUUACCAUUUACCAAUGCAAAUUGUUCCCUUUGACGCACAAGAGACAGGCUUUUCUGACCCGAGCAUUUCCCCAUCUCUUUCCUUUCUGCAUGCUAACACAGGACAUGGGAGCCGAGGACUAUUUUCGUGUUCAGCAUGCUUGUGAAACUCUGACUGAUGACCAUAUUUUAAAAAGAACAAGUACCACAUGGUUUCUCAGUGAACCUCUGCUUUUAGAAAAUGAGUGUUUGACUUGCUGGUACUUCACAUGCCCAAUGAACCUUCUAUCUGAACAGACAGAGAAUGCUCCUGUCAUGAAAGCUUUGCACCAAAUCAUAGCAAACAAGUUUACCGGUUCCCAAGAUCUACUCCCAACAAUCUCAGACAUUUUAAAGCGUUCAUUUGCAAACUUUUUACACCACAUUUGCACACGUUGAUGCAGGAUGAUGCUUCAUGGGGUCACAGGUCAAAUUUUUUCAGAGAUCGCAGAAUCUUCUUCCAAAUUCAAAGCGUCUGCCUAACAAGCCUUUAAGCGUAACACUUGAAAUCUUCCUCCAGACCUCGACCUAACCUUGAGUCCUUUCCCCAACAUGAGAGAUGAUGUUUGAUGACAUUUCUAACAAUGAUUGAUUGUUCAAGGGCUGACUGAAUAAACGAGGAAGACAUAACAGCUUUAUAAUUAUUUAAAUCUUGUUUGAAAUUCUAAAACGAACCUGAACUAAUAGCCUGAAGCAGUGAAGACGGGUAAGUGCCUUAAAAUAUCUCUGAGGGGAAACCUGCAUUGGGAGCUGUGUUUGAGUUGCUGCGGGGAAAGACAAAUUCAAAACUGUAAAUGUACUUCAGCGUAACGAAAAGGAAACCUUUCCUGUGAGGAAAGCAUAAGUGGGGCUUUAAAUAGCAGCAGAGUUUUUAGGAAUAAGCUCCUAUGUCCUUUUUGCACUUCAGUCUGAGCAGCUUCAUGUUUCUAAGAGCUACUUUUAAAGACUCAGUGAAAAACGGGUGCCAUGUUAAAUAUUUAAAUUGGUAUUAAGCUAAAGAGCCGCUGGAAUUCGUUUAUUGGCAUCUUUAGAAUGAUGCGCGUUUAUUUCUGAGUGCUGGGUGUCACAACACUGACCCAAAUGAUUGAGCUCACCCAGCGUCCUAUCGGCUCCCCAGCCUGCCUUUAGGUGGGUGGGGACCUGGGGGCUAUCUGUGGACCUGAAAAGUGACAGGACCAGCUGGGGAAUGAAAGCCGGCGAGUAAGGCAGUUGACAGCAGACCGCGGGAGUCCAUAAUGCAGGGGUCGGCUCUGACAGCAGCCAGACCACACAGGGGCUGAUGAUGUCAUUAGCAGUCCUCCCAAUGUCCCCAAGAGUUGAGUUAAUGUCACGCGGUCGUAGGUGCCAGAGUCAUCAGCCCUGCCAAGGAGAUGGGUGGAAAGCAGUCCCGCCGUUCGUCCAGCAAGGAUUUGAGUGAUGUCUGCGCACGCCAAAGGAGGAAGAGCACGCUUCGAGAAGACUUGACCGGCUUCACCUCAGCUGCUGACAGGAUCCGCAAAUACACAACGGUGCACUUUGGCUACAGCACCCUGAGCUUAGCCAUGCGAGGGCUGGAUGAACCCCCCACGGAGCUGUGGGAGCUCUGGGAGCUCCAGAAGCUCAACUUGUCCAUGAACUGUCUCUGCUCCCUGCCUCCCUCUCUGGGUGCUCUGGACAAUCUGGUGGUUCUAAAUCUAUGGGGCAAUAACCUGUCCUGUCUCCCCCCCGAGAUCGGCCUCCUAAAGAAGCUCCGCGUGCUCUUUGCUUGUCGGAACCGCCUGAGUGAGGUCCCGGAGGAGCUGGGCUCCUGCAGCCGCUUGGAGGUGCUGAGCCUGGCCAACAACCUGAUCACGAGUCUGCCCGGAAGCCUCGCAGCCAUGCACAAUCUGAACAAGCUCAACCUCAGUCACAACCGCAUCGCUCACAUCCCGGCCUGCGUCUACAGCAUGAGGGGCCUGGUCUUCCUCCACCUGGCCUGCAACCACCUGGAGACCAUUGCAGACCAGAUCCAGAACCUGGUGAACCUGAAGAUCCUGAUCGUGGAGGGGAACAGCAUACACACUCUGCCGAAGACUCUUUGUUUCCUAGAGUCUCUGGAGCUGCUCAACGUCGACUUUAAUGAGCUUCAAAGUGUUCCUGUGGAGCUGUACCACCUGAGCAGGCUCGGGCGCUUGGCCUGCCACCCCCUGGACAAAGGACUUCACAUCAUCCACAACCCCCUCCUCAAGCCCAUCCAGGAGGUACUGCAAGGAGGACUCAGUGCUCUCUAUAACUAUCUGAAACCCUCGUGAGGAGAAAACGUCUCAACACGAGUGUUUGUGUGUGUGUUAUUGUCACAAAUCAGACUUUUACCUAAAACAUCCACUGAACGAACGAGACCAUUACUCGGUUUGCUUGGAAUCAAAUGGAAAAUCAAGUGAUUCCUAAAUGGGGUCAAGAGGAGUGAUUCGGCUCGCGCUAAAGAAUUCACAGGUCUACAUUUGGGAGCUGAUUACUUGUCAGUCUUGGUGCUUGAGAGAGGGCACCGGGGGUGUGCAUUCAGUCACAGCUCAGCACCCACUUCAUUGUAUUCAGGUCACAGGGAUCAGGUGGGCGAAAGUCAGUGGAAAGAACAGCAGAGGGCGGAGUUUCGGAUCAGCAGGAGGAUUAGGAAGACCUCGUCUUGAUUUAAAUGUUCCACUCAUUGGGUCAAAGCUGCAGGUCGAUCAGACUGACGCUGUCUGUUAAACAACUAGAUAAAUAGAUAAUUAGAUAAAUAAAUGAGUACUGUUUGAUAUGAAUAAUAAAUAUGUGAAGUGGUUUUAGGUGAUCUAAAAUAAUUCCAGGUUUAAAAAAUAUAAAGCUUUUAAAGGUGGUAAAUAAAAAUGUUUGAGCUAAUUUUACUUGCGUGAAUUCAAUGUUCUUGUUGGAAUUUGAACAGGAAAAAAUAAAACAACAUUGAGUACUUUGACAAAGCGAUUGACAAAUUAUUUUUGCUACAAAACUGAAAAAGGUUUGAAGUCCCACCCAAACAUCCAGUUAAGCACCUGAUGGAAAUGUUAGCUAAUAUACGGUAUAUGUUAUGGCUCAGGGUCAUUUGGGGUUUUCCCUGCGUGUGUGUGUGUGUGUGUGUUUGUGUGUGUGUGUGUGUGAGAGAGGAGAUGCAGCACCUGGCUCCAAUCUCACUAGAUUGCCUCCCAGUUAGACUCUCCCAGCUGAUCCUGAUGACCAGCAGCAGGCCAGCAGCAUAAAAGUCAGCCGGCCCUCAGUUCAGGGGGCAGCAGGCCAGUGAGGUUCUCUCUGGCCUGCUGCCCCCUCAGCAGCUUUUGGUUUUGUUAAGUUUUAUGUAACAACUUUGGUGGUAGCUUAAAACUCUGUGUUUAACCGUCAGCCUUUUUAGGGGAAAAGUGUCCUUUACCCCUUCGCUUGCUUUUAUGAAGACUUCACUCAGUAAAAGGGAAAUUGUGAUGGUCUUUCGUAGUUUUGUAUUAAUUUGGUUAAUAUGAGGGUUUAGUUGUUACUCGAUUUGCGAUGCUGCUGAUGUGUCUUGUUAAUUUGUGUUUAGUGUUUAUAUUUAUGUAAAUGUUGUUUUGUUACUUUUAACAUGAGAAUAUGUGUCCUCAAUUGUCCCCCCUAGACAGCCUGGAGAGUAACAAUAUAAUAUAAUACAUACAUACAUACAUAUAUAUAUGUAUAUAUAUAUAUAAACAUUUUUUUUAUUUCAAAUGACCUCUUAUUUAUAUUCAAAUCAAGAAAAAAAUACUAGACUGUUUGUAUUGAACAGACUGUUUGACUUUUUUAAUUUUACACAUUUCUAGAGAAUUGAUGAUAAACUAAACCAGCUCAGUGGCCAAGUCGUAGCAUGUCCGCCCUGGGACUGGGAGACCGGGGUUCGAUUUCCAGUGUCAGUGCCAGAUCUGCUGGGAGUCCUGCGCCUGCUGGUGAUGUCACAUUACGGCAAAUCCACUCGGCUUUCACACAUACGUUUUGGAAAGACAUCAGCAGUUUUGUUAAUAAAUUCUUGUUCGUUACCACUUAAAUGAUUUCUUUAUAUUUGUAAUUUGUUAAUAAAAUACCCUAUUAUCUUUGUUUUGUAAAGGAUGUGAAACCACAUAAAACCAACAUCAGACUGACAAAAAAACACAACAGUUCUUACAUGUGAAGCCAUAUCUGUUUGUGUUAAUGUGGAAUUUGUCUGUAUAUUUCCUUAGUUGUCAUGUAAAUACAUUCAUUCAAAAUGUCGCUUGGUGUUUUUCAAUAAAGUUCGUAUAGUUUA